UCACAGUUCUCAGAAUCGUUGGCAACAACUAAACAAAUAGUUCCUAUUUCAGCAUAAAUAUUUUGAAAAAAAUAAAAAACAUUUUUUGUGAUGGAGCUGGCAGGUAAAUUUCUAAAGCCCGUCUGGCGGCCAAUGAAGCAAGUGGCACGUCUCUAUUGCGAGAAGCCGAUGCGGAGUCUAGUCUCUUUUCCUGUUGCCAAAGUGGAAAGUGGAAAGUCCAAGUACAUGAUGGCCCACGUUUACAUCCACGGCGAGAUGGGCAGUGCCAAGCAGGUGAUUCGUACCCAUUCCAAGGCCAAGUACCAUCUUGAUGUCUACGAUGAGUUGAAAAAGGAAGCCGAGGCCAUGGGCUUGUGCACCCAGGGGCUAGGAGGUGGUUACUUGGUCCAUGACAAGGAGAAGAAGUACAUCAAGCUCUAUGGAAGAUCUCAGGCUUUAGGUAAGGCCGACCAUGAGGCAGCCAGAGAACUACUGCAACCACUCUACAACGAUCACAAAAUUGAUGCUGAAUCUGGCGGCAUGGAACCCUAGAUAAUCUUUACUCUACAUUUUGUCCUUUUUCGGUCCAGCCAAUAUUUUGGUUUUAACAUUGUCUAAAGUUAUAUAUUUUAUAAAUUUUGGUCUUAGGGCCGAGUGAAUAAUUUACGAAAAUUAAAUUUGAAUUUCACAAGGAA